AUGGAGGUCCCUGGCUGUGCAUCCAGCAUCAAGCCAAAGGUGGAGACUUGCGAGGAGGAGGAGCCGCCAUUGCCGCGGCCGCCGCCGCCGUUUGAAGCUUCAGACGACUGGGAGGUGACCCCGCUGUCCGGCGACAACCCCUUCUUCACCAGCGUCAUGUGCAAGAGCCAAGUCCAGGUGCCCUUCCAGCAGAUCAUCCCGGUUCGUUUCCACCGCCACCUCCCGGAGGUGCGCGCGCCCGUGGUGCUCCUCUGCCGCGGCCGGUCGUGGACGGUGAGCUACUGCGGCGUCGGCAAGUGGAGGAGGCUCCAGGGGGCCUGGAAGGACUUCGCCCGCGACAAUGGCCUCCGGCUCGGGGACGCCUGCGUCUUUGAGCUCGUCGUGCCCACUACUGCCGGUGCCGGAACUGAAGCUGCUGCUGCAACUGAAAGAGACGGAAAUGACAGCAGCGGCAGCAGCAAGGACAAGGAGGGGAAGAAGAUGGAGGUGGUGUUCCGGGUGCAGGUGCUCCGCGGCGGCCUGCCGGAGGAGAUCACCUCCAGGGGCGCCACCUCUGACGACCCACUCGUCAUCUUGGACUAG